AUGGCGGAGAUGUAUAAAUCUAGGUCGCCAGACCUCAUCGAGCUCUGGCACACCAUACGGAUUCCUCUCAUCAUCGCCAUUGGUGUUCUAUAUAUUACCAUCCGUCUCAGAAGUAUACUUCGAGCUCGAACCCCCGUUCUUACAACUCCUCCAAGUCCCUCCAAGCUUGAGCCACAACUUUGUGCAGAGCCUGAUGGCACGGUCAUCCUCCCCGAAAAGUUUGAAGCUACUUCGCCUUCAAAUAAAAGACGAAAACUAUCUCCUGCUAAAAAUGUGCCAAAGCGAAUUACGGGCGGCGAAGCCCGAAAGAAGAAGCCAACAAAGCCAAAUGUGGAUGCCCCACCAGCUGUUGAGGGGGGUGAAGAAAUCACCCAACCGAACGGUAAAUUGAUACAGGUUUUUAUAUUUUACUCUUCCUUGACUGGGUCAACCGCCAAAUAUGCCGAAAAACUAUCCAAUGACCUUUUCUCCGAACCACUACAUAUCCCGAAACCGACACCACCUUCAGUCGACAAUGCCGAACCUGGACCAGUUGUUGAAAAGGCCACAUUCCUCGCGCCGAUCGUCGAAAAUUUAGACUACCUCGACCUGGACGACUAUUUCAUCUCGCCGGCCACUGUCAAAGGACCGAAUACCACCUCCGUUUAUCUUCUACUAAUCCCGACUUAUGAAAUAACUUCCCCUGUCGACGCUUUCCUCGAGCAUCUUUCCGAAACUCACAAUGAUUUCCGUAUAGACACUCGCCCACUCCGGUCUCUAGCCGGGUUCUCUGUAUUUGGGUUUGGUGACAAGGAAGGUUGGCCAACGGAGGAAGGUCGGGGUGGUGGUGUUUUCUGCGGUCAAGCAAAGGAAGCGGAUAGAUGGAUGUCUAAACUUACUGGCGGGAAACGUGUAUUCCCUAUUGGCAUGGGAGACGUCAAAGGUGAUGCCCUAGCUAGUAUGGACGAAUGGAGAAAGCAUCUUGAGAUUGCACUCAACGAUCUAGCUACAGGCGAGAUACUUCCAGAAUCUACGGGUGUGGAUAGUGAAGACGAGGAGGAUGUCGCUCAAGAUGCAGCUACCACCGAGCCUCUAGUUGACGUUGAAGAUAUCGGUAACUCUAUACGGUCUUCGAAGCCUCCUAAAUCUAAGAAGUCAAGUGCUCCGCUUGCCGUUGAUUUUACCACGACCAAUCCGCGAACCUCAAAGCUCAAAGAGAUGGUUCCGACAUCUUCUCCCACGCAUUCCGCUCUAACAAAACAAGGUUACACAAUUGUCGGCUCCCACUCUGGCGUUAAACUCUGUCGCUGGACCAAAUCUGCCCUUCGUGGUCGAGGGUCUUGUUACAAAUAUUCUUUCUACGGCAUAAAAUCGCAUCUUUGCAUGGAGACGACUCCAUCUCUCUCUUGCAGUAACAAAUGUGUUUUCUGUUGGCGCCAUGGUACAAAUCCCGUCUCUACAACCUGGAACUGGGUCGUCGACCCCCCAGAAAUGAUUUUAUCAGGGGCAAUGGAGGGACACUACAAAAAAAUCAAAAUCCUCAAGGGUGUACCAGGAAUUCGCGCAGACCGAUUUGCGGAAGCAUUCCGAAUUCGACAUUGCGCUCUGAGUCUAGUCGGAGAACCGAUAUUUUAUCCACAUAUAAACGAGUUCCUAUCUAUGCUACACGCUCGUCAUAUCUCCAGUUUCUUGGUUUGCAAUGCUCAGCAUCCCGACCAACUUGCACGAUUGCAAUAUGUUACCCAAUUGUAUGUCAGCAUCGACGCAUCAAAUAAGGAAUCGUUGAGGCGAAUAGAUAGGCCCUUACAUCGUGACUUCUGGGAGAGGUUCAUGAAGUGCCUUGACAUUAUUAAGGCAAAGAAAGAUAGGAUGCGGACAGUAUACCGCCUAACUCUUGUCAAAGGCUUUAACAUCGAAGAUGAAGUUGAAGGGUACGCGAAUCUCGUAGAAAAGGGUCUACCAGCGUUCGUAGAGGUCAAGGGUGUCACAUAUUGCGGUACUUCGACUUCGGUCGGUGCAGGACUGUCGAUGCAGAAUGUCCCAUUUUACGAGGAAGUCUGCGAGUUUGUUAAACGGCUCAAUGAAGCGUUGCAGAAACGGGGACUAGGAUACGGCAUCGCUGCUGAGCAUGCACAUAGUUGUUGUAUUCUGAUUGCGAGUAAUGAUUAUUUCAUUGAUGGUAGGUGGCAUACUGUUAUUGAUUACCAAAAGUUCUUUGAAUUGUUGGAAGAAGGUAAGGAAUUCGGGCCAUUGGAUUAUGUGGGACCCCCGACGGAGGAGUGGGCGGUUUGGGGGAAUGGAGGAUUUAAUCCCGCGGAUGAGAGAGUAUAUAAAAAGGGAAAGCAUAAAGAAAAAACCGCAGAAGAAGUUGCGGCGGAGCUGGCGGCUGAAGCAGCUGAAGCAGAGAGUGGCUGCGGCUAG